GACUUCUAUGGACAAACGGGUCGCGUCCGACAGUUCAACUCAGUUGAUCCCAAGACCACGCCGCCCUCCUAUGGCGAUCGAGAUGGCAUUGUUCUUCUCCGCCAGGUGACAGGACCUCCAGAGUCUGCCUUCAUCCAACUGGCCUUUCGAACGGAGGAUGGUCUCAAUUUCAAGACAGAUGUUCUCUGGAGCUCGACAGAUACGAACAAAAAGUUGCCCUGUACUGGCACCACCUGCAAUUUCGCUGGCGGUUGGGUGCCACCAGACAGGACGACUCAGUGCGAGGCAGGUCGUACCUGGACGCUGACAGAUGGCUGCAAGAUGUGUCCUGAAGGCUCUUUCGCUUCGUCCGGGGCGUGUGAUCUUUGUUCGCCAGGGACCUUCAGUGGCGCACCAGGAGCUACGGCCUGUACUCCAUGUGGACUGGGGAACUACACGCAGCUGCGAGGAUCAGUGAGGUGCUUUCAAUGCUCUGAAGGUAAGUACACCAACCAGAGCCAGUCGACAGAGUGUCUUGAUUGUCCCAGAGGCACCUAUGCCGACGUGCGUGGCCUUUCGCAGUGCACUGCUUGUCCUCAAGACACCGAAACUGCCUUUGAGGGCGCUUCCUCAGAAGAUAUGUGCGUUUGCAGCUCCGGUCAGCGACUCCUCAAUCACACCUGUGUUGCAUGUGAGAAGCAAGAAAUUUGUGAAGGUGGGCGCAUCGUUGGCUUCAGGCCGACGAAUGAGGCCUGGAUCAACACGUUGGAUGUGGCUGGAGCCCAACGAGCUCUAAGCCAAACGAUUGCUAAGAACUUCUUUCUGGUCGCCUUGGCAAUUCGAGUAGAGGAAAGCAAGGCCAAUAUGAUGAAUGCCAUCGCCAAGUUCGACAACACUCUCUAUGCCAUGAUAAGUGGUGAUGAGAAUCGCAAUAUCAUCGCGUCGCCGAAACAGGAGGUCUCAGCUGCGCUAGAAGCAACGCGGCUUCUUUGGAUACCCCUUAAGUCUCUAAUGACGGAGAAGGUGGAGACCAUGGCGAGUGGAGUGGUGGAUAUGGUUGACAUCGAGCACGUUGCGGAGCAAACCACAUUGCUGAGGAUGUCAGCACAAGCUGUCGUCGAUGCUUGGGGUGAAGCUGCUUCAACUGCUGGUGCACAUUUGAAUGGUUUGUUGGUCGAUAUUGCUGGGCGUCAGCGGAUGCUGAUCCAAAGGAUGUGCAAAGAAGCUUUGAUCAUUGCCCUCGGAGUCUCGGCAUCAGAGACGAGAGCAACACUGACAUCAGUGGCAUCUCUGUUUGAAGAGACACAGGAGGGACUCGUGCUCGGCAUCCCGGCAGUCGGAAUUCCCCAACUGCGA